CUCUGUUGUGCUCUGUUGUGCUCUGUUGUGCUCUGCUGUGCUCUGCUGUGCUCUGUUGUGCUCUGUUGUGCUCUGCUGUGCUCUGUUGUGCUCUGCUGUGCUCUGCUGUGCUCUGUUGUGCUCUGCUGUGCUCUGUUGUGCUCUGUUGUGCUCUGCUGUGCUCUGCUGUGCUCUGUUGUGCUCUGUUGUGCUCUGUUGUGCUCUGUUGUGCUCUGUUGUGCUCUGUUGUGCUCUGUUGUGCUCUGUUGUGCUCUGUUGUGCUCUGCUGUGCUCUGCUGUGCUCUGCUGUGCUCUGCUGUGCUCUGCUGUGCUCUGCUGUGCUCUGCUGUGCUCUGCUGUGCUCUGUUGUGCUCUGUUGUGCUCUGCUGUGCUCUGAUGUGCUCUGCUGUGCUCUGUUGUGCUCUGCUGUGCUCUGUUGUGCUCUGUUGUGCUCUGUUGUGCUCUGUUGUGCUCUGCUGUGCUCUGCUGUGCUCUGUUGUGCUCUGCUGUGCUCUGCUGUGCUCUGCUGUGCUCUGUUGUGCUCUGUUGUGCUCUGUUGUGCUCUGUUGUGCUCUGUUGUGCUCUGUUGUGCUCUGUUGUGCUCUGUUGUGCUCUGUUGUGCUCUGCUGUGCUCUGCUGUGCUCUGCUGUGCUCUGUUGUGCUCUGUUGUGCUCUGCUGUGCUCUGCUGUGCUCUGCUGUGCUCUGUUGUGCUCUGUUGUGCUCUGUUGUGCUCUGUUGUGCUCUGUUGUGCUCUGUUGUGCUCUGUUGUGCUCUGUUGUGCUCUGUUGUGCUCUGUUGUGCUCUGUUGUGCUCUGUUGUGCUCUGUUGUGCUCUGUUGUGCUCUGUUGUGCUCUGUUGUGCUCUGUUGUGCUCUGCUGUGCUCUGCUGUGCUCUGUUGUGCUCUGCUGUGCUCUGCUGUGCUCUGUUGUGCUCUGUUGUGCUCUGCUGUGCUCUGUUGUGCUCUGUUGUGCUCUGUUGUGCUCUGCUGUGCUCUGUUGUGCUCUGUUGUGCUCUGUUGUGCUCUGCUGUGCUCUGUUGUGCUCUGCUGUGCUCUGCUGUGCUCUGUUGUGCUCUGCUGUGCUCUGUUGUGCUCUGUUGUGCUCUGCUGUGCUCUGUUGUGCUCUGUUGUGCUCUGUUGUGCUCUGUUUUGCUCUGUUGUGCUCUGCUGUGCUCUGCUGUGCUCUGCUGUGCUCUGUUGUGCUCUGUUGUGCUCUGUUGUGCUCUGUCGUGCUCUGUUGUGCUCUGUUGUGCUCUGUUGUGCUCUGUUGUGAUCUGUUGUGCUCUGUUGUGCUCUGUUGUGCUCUGUUGUGCUCUGUUGUGCUCUGUUGUGCUCUGUUGUGCUCUGUUGUGCUCUGUUGUGCUCUGUUGUGCUCUGCUGUGCUCUGCUGUGCUCUGUUGUGCUCUGUUGUGCUCUGCUGUGCUCUGUUGUGCUCUGCUGUGCUCUGCUGUGCUCUGCUGUGCUCUGCUGUGCUCUGUUGUGCUCUGUUGUGCUCUGCUGUGCUCUGCUGUGCUCUGUUGUGCUCUGUUGUGCUCUGUUGUGCUCUGUUGUGCUCUGUUUUUUGUGAUGAUAGAUCUUGAGAAGAUCUUUCCGACGCAACGAGAAUCGCUUCAAUCGGAGCAAGAACGCGAAAGCUAUGAAGAUUCAAAGUUCAUGAGCUUGCGUUACAAUUGCGGCGGUUACAAAGUGAAGUUGUGGGUGGUAUCAGAGCCAUAUUGAGGACAUUGAGAGGAGUCUACAGAAGUGUGAAGACCCUUCUAGACCCACCAUGGCCUGUGGGUGUGCCUAAGUGGUGUUCUAAAGGUUGGAUGUGUCUUCCGCUAAGGGGAAACUCUGCCGAAAUUUCGUGGAUGCCGAUACUUGUGAAAAUAUCAAGGGAGCUGAGCAAGCCGAAUGUGGUGCAUGCUGGGAGUGUGGUUGAGCAGAUUGAGGAAGAUGAGAUCGCUCACUGCUACUGGGCACCAAUCCCUGAGCCCAAGACUCGAGAGGAGGCCUUGAAUGGACCAAAUGGGGAGAAGUGGAAGGCGAGUAUUUGUGAUGAUAGAUCUUGAGAAGAUCUUUCCGACGCAACAAGAAUCGCUUCAAUCGGAGCAAGAACGCGAAAGCUAUGAAGAUUCAAAGUUCAUGAGCUUGCGUUACAAUUGCGGCGGUUACAAAGUGAAGUUGUGGGGUGACUCUAUAUGGAGUCGGGACCUUU